AUGGGUGAACUGGAUGAAUUAGUAUCUACCUUACUCGGUACUUUUACGAGCGGCAUAAGACUGCUCAAAGCUAGUCGCAAAAGACGUAGGAGUGGCAAUGAAGCAAUUGAUACCUAUACAGAUAAGGACGAGGAAACUCCUCUCAUCAAGUCAUUCAAAAAAUCUAGAUCAGACAUUCGAGAAGCAUGGGAAAAAGGUUCUAUCAAGGCUGGUCCUAAGUUCUCGGAAGGCGAUGAUGCUCUAACUGAGACCAAACAUGGUCGUCGAAAAAGAGACCAGAACCUAGUUCCAACCGUUCCGACCAAGCCUACUGCUCUCGGACUAGCUACGAGGGACGGUUGGGUACGAUCAAAAUCCAGUAAGAAAGGUGCCGCGAAGCCCAAAACACAUGCUGGAAAAGCUAGUGUUACAGAAUCAAGAGGCGAGCAGAAGCCAAUGCCCUCACAACCCGUCGAUGUAGUAAGGAAGCGAGAUCCAAUACCCAUGCCCCGAACAGCAACAGAAAAUAGAAAGUCAGGCUUCUCGUUUGCAUCUGAUAGCACAAAACUCGGUGAAAUUCCAGAACACAGAUUGGCUAGAUUGCUUGCUACAUCGGAGCAUAACGAUACUGGAUAUUAUAUGCACACAGUAGCUUAUCCUUUGGCUCCGUAUCAACCAGAGCCUCAGAAACGUCGCUUUGGCAUUGAGGAUUUAAUGUUUCAAUUAGCUUCAUAA